GCUGUUUAUCGGGCAUUUGAAAUUUCUCACUUUGUCUUUUCCUUUCUUUGUUUUGUAGUCUCAUGACCCGACGGAAAUUUAUAUUUUCCAGUUUUCCUACGGUGUAAUAAAUUGCUAAAAGUUUUGUAGCGGGAACGGGAGAUUAUUGUACAUAUCACAAUAAGGGACUUCUACGAUCUGCGUGGUUUUUGCAGGGACUGUCGCGGGUCCCGAGAUUACAGUUGCAAACUGUCAGUAUUAGAACAACCUUGAAAUUACUUAUUUCAGUAUUCUGUUUUAUUGAAUAAUCAUGGCUGGCCAACAACCCUCAUCGGCACAGAGUUAUAUUGGAUGUAAAAUCAGUCUGGUGUCCAAAUCGGAUAUUCGCUAUGAAGGCACGCUGAUCGAUUUGAACGAAGGAUCCAUUUCCCUUGGCGGAGUUCGCUCAUUUGGAACGGAGGAUCGGCGUGCUGAUCAGUUUGUCCCGCCGCGCAACGAUGUCUACGAGUAUGUUGUAUUCAAAACGUCCGACAUUAAGGAUCUCUUCGUGUCCAGUGCGCCGCGCCAGCACGAAAUGGGCCACGAUCCGGCCAUCCUCGAGGUGAAAGGCAGCAUCAACACGGCGCCCCUGCCCGGCACAGCCGCUCCCAGUCAGCCGGCCUACGCGGCCCUGGGUCAUGCCCAGCCGCUGCUGGGAUUCCAGCCAUCGCCCGUCACAUCCCAACCGACUAUCAACACGCCACUGUCUUUGCCACCAUCAGGCGGCAGCGCACCUCCGCUGGUGUCGCACGCCCCGCCCCACUUCGCCGCAGCCCCCGUGGCCGCCGCCGAGCUGCCCAGUCGUUCGGCCGGCCUGCCGUCGGCCAGCAGCACCGCCGCGCAGGCCCGUGAAGCCAUGUACAGUGAUCCAUUCGCGUUGAAUCCGCAGCAGUACAUUGCCGUCAAUCAGCAGCGCCGCGAGGAGCGCCAGCAGGAUCGCGAACCCGGCGGCUACCAGGGCGAGACGCGCACCUUCAACCGCGGCGGCCGGGGCGGUGGUUACGAGAACCGUCGCGGCGGGGGACAUGGAUACGGAGGCCGUGGGGGUGGACAGACGGCUGGAUACGCGCGUGGUGGAGGUGGCGGGGCGCAGGGACCUUCCCGGGGUGGGUAUCCGGGGUAUGGAGGACGUGGUGGCGGUGCUGGAGGGUAUAACCAGGGCGGUGGCUACCAGUCAGGUGGUUUGCGCAAUGAAUACCAGAGUGUGCAUCUGGCCGCCGGGCACCAGGGCGGGGAGCGGCAGCAGCAGGCGCACCGCGGCCCGCCGCAGCAGUCCGGGACAGCGCCGCGGAAUCUGCCCGAGUUCGACUUCGAUUCGGCCAACAUGGCGUUCCAGCAGAUUGAGGAGCAGAUGCGGCAUGUCAGCGUUAACGAUACGGCGGAGGGCAGUGAGACGGAUGAAAACCACCACGAGGAGCCGGUGCAGGAUGAGAACAAGGACGCCAAGGCCAGCUACGAUCCGGCCAAUUUCUUUGAUAACAUCAGUUGUGACGCGCUGGAGAAGAGCAAAGGGCCCAAUCGUACGGAUUGGCGCCGUGAGCGGCAGGUGAACGCGGAGACCUUCGGGCUGUCCGGACCGAAUUCGCGCGUGUACGAGAACCAGAACCACCGCGGACGGGGCGGCGGCGGUGGUGGGUACGGCCGCGGCGGCAUGGGUGGUGGUUAUCGUGGUGGGCGUGGCGGAUACGGCGGCGGAGGGUACUCCGAAGGCGGGUAUGGACAGCGCGGCGGCUACGGGUAUCAGCGGGGUGGCCGCGGUGGCGGGCAGCGCUACAACGGCUAUCAUGCACGCGGCGGCGGUGCGGCCUACUCGCAGGCUUGAGCGGUUUCUGCGUGGAGAGUUUCCUCACCCUGUUCCAGGACGUGGUUUUGGCUGGGAUAUAAUGUUUGUCUUUUUUCUAAUUUGCCCAUGGGGUACGCCAGCCGGCUUGUGUUUGCGAUUUGUGUGUUAUUUUGGAGAAAAUGGCGCCCCUGUGUCGCUUGCUAAGGUAUUCUUUUGUUAAUCUGGGGAGAAGGGACGGGACAACCGUGCGCAGACGAUGCGGGAGGGAUUAGCUUGUUUAAUGGGGCGUUUUUUUGUUGUUUCUUACCGUGUUUACCGUUCUGGGAAUCUGCUGCGGGAUGAGCCAGCCGCAUGGAUGCAAGCGAUGUGUUUAGGAUUUUUGUUUUCUCUCUUAUUUUAACCAUUUUUGUUUGUAUAUGGACGUAACACAAAGAGUAUGCGACAGUUGAGGCGGAUGAAAUAAACUGGGAUAAUAUCA